GAUACUACACUUGAUCCACCCCGGUCCAAUGAUGAUACUCAAUCUGAGGACUCCCCCAUUAUUACUAACUUUUCUCUUGCAGAUCAAUCAAACUCAGCACUAGAGGAAGAACCCGGUGGCUUUACUGAAGUGAAGGCAAGGAAAAAUAAAAGCAACUGCAUCCAGCCCCCAAACGAAACUCUCGAAAAAAGACCGUUGUUCUACGAGGUGGGAUAUACAUCACACCCUAUCAGGGGAGGAUCUAUGUACAGGCUAUGCCCAGGGCAUCUAAGAUUCUUGGAUCCGUCCCUUCACCCUAUGGUCACAUGAAGCCAAUCCAGACACCCGCUAAAUGAAGACGACUAUUACAUUUACCCUGUUGAUGAAAGGCUGGACUCUCCACACAAACUUGCUAUGGCACCAACGCGAUUCAAGUCUUCUCACCCGGAAGCAAAAAUAUACUGACCUUAUCUCCGAGAGGCAAUUCAGUUCCAUAACCGAUAUAACAGAUCCAUUUCAUCUACAAUCGGGAUACCUUCAAAAAAAUUGAAUGUUAAAAACCUGUUGUUUUUUCUACUUUUGAUUGUAUGCUUUUUCUUCUCUGAAUUGUUUCAUUUAAUCUCUUGUAAGUGCCUUAUUUUUAAUAAAUUUGGGUAGUGUUCUCCGACACUCCCUCCACCACGUGUGGUUUACUCCGG